GAUUGAUGAUUAUGCUUUACUGGUUUGCAGGAUUUUGUGCAAGUUAUGUGAAGUUACUGCCUGCAAUGAAGACAUACGAAUAUGGCUUUCGUGUGUUUUUGUUGACGUUUUGUAUUGUAUUGGUAUCUGGGAGAACUAGCAGGGAAUUUUUCUCCACAGCCUUUUAUAGAUUAAUUCUUAUUGCAAUUGGUGCUGGCAUAUGAUUGUUUGUAAAUAUUUUCAUAUUCCCCAUCUGGUCUGGAGAGGAUCUGCAUAAAUUGGUGGUGAAAAAUUUCAAUGGAGUUGCUGCAUCUUUAGAAGGCUGUGUUAAUGGGUACCUACAAUGUGUUGCAUAUGAGAGGGUACCUUCAAAAAUUCUUGUUUAUCAAGCCUCAGAUGAUCCACUCUACCGUGGCUAUAGAGCAGCAGUUCAAUCGUCAAGUCAAGAGGAUGCUUUGGUAGAUUUUGCAUUAUGGGAGCCACCUCAUGGUCCAUACAAGACAUUCAAUUAUCCUUGGAGAAGCUAUGUGAAAGUCAGCGGAGCUUUGAGGCAUUGUGCUUUCAUGGUUAUGGCAAUGCAUGGAUGCAUACUUUCAGAAAUUCAGGCACCCCCGGAAAAAAGGCUGGUUUUCAGUAACGAACUUCAGAGGGUUGGCACUGAAGGAGCUAAAGUAUUGCGUCAACUUGGAAGCAAAGUGGAAAAGAUGGAAAAGCUGAGCCAUAUUGAUAUACUCUUGAACGUGCAUGAUGCAGCUGAGCAAUUGCAGAUGAAGAUUGACCAACAGUCAUUCCUCUUAGUCAAUUCAGAAAGCUGGCAAGCUUCAAAAAAGCCUAAAGAAGUUGAGAGUCAUGACAAUUUGAUUGAUCUUAAAGACCAUGAAAACAAACACUCACUCAUCUCUUCCCUCAGUGAAACAGGGGCUGACUCAAGACUUAACAUAGGUAUAGAGUCUUCCGUUCCUGAAUUGCACUUUUCACAAAGCAUGAUGUGCAAGAAAAUAUCUUGGCCACGCCUAUCAUUUUUAGGAGAUAACAUGUUACUUGAGCAAGAUUCCAAAGUAUAUGAAAGUGCAAGCUCUUUGUCUUUGGCAACCUUUGCUUCCCUUUUAAUAGAGUUUGUUGCGAGGCUUCAGAAUCUCGUGGAUGAAUUCCAAGAUCUCAGUGAGAAGGCCAAUUUCAAGGACCCGUUUGACCAAACAAUAUUAAAGUAGGUGACAAUGACACCAUAUGGACCACAUUUGCAACUUUAUUUCAGUAUUCGAGGUAUCUAUAAUAUUAUAUCUGUGUAUCUAACUAUAAUGUAUAAUGAUAUAUCAUAGUCCAUCCAUAAUAUAUAUAUAUAUAUAUAG